AUGUCUUAAGAUCGAGGCUAUGAUCAUGGAUUAUCAGGGUAAUCCUCGCAAUCCCCUUCUCAUUAGCAGACUUAGAAAAGAAUGGAUUAAUUUUCCCUUGAUUUUUUUAUUGAAAAGAGAUUUAUCACUUAGGAGGAUUUGAAACCAAUUUUGGAAGAUGUUAGAUGCCAAUAUAAUGUUGAGUCCAUCAACUUGAAUCCCAAGAAUUAAAUUCCAGCCUUGGAAGGAACAGCUUUUUCUAUAAUUGAUCAUGAUGAAAAUAAAUUAAAUGCAAGAUGUGAUGCAGUCAAUAAAAUCUUUUAAUUAAUAGAACAAAGAAGUAAACAAAUCCUAGAAAUAAUUAUGUUGAUUCCUGAAGGGACUGUCUCAUAUGUAAUUGGAACCCAAGGGAAAUAAAUUGAGCACAUUAAAUUAGAGACCAAAGCCCAUCUCGUAAUUAAUUAACCAAUCUAUGAGUUCAAAUUAAGAACAGUGACAAUUAUUGGUAAAUGCUAUUUCAAUAUCAUAGGGGAGUCUUCUCGCAUCUUUUAUGCAAUUAAAUUGAUCAUAAAGCAAUUGCAAGAAAGAGGAAUUUCAAAUGAAGAUUAUGCUAAAAAGGCAGAACCCCUAGAUCCGAGAAGAGUCAUGACAAAAGCCAAAUUUGCUUUUUCGAAUGUGAUAAUAGAAUAUAUAUUAAAAAAUAGAGAAUUAGAGAAAAAGUACUCUGUGAGAUUAAAGGGCAAAUCUAUUAAUGAUAUAAAAAUAAAAAAAAACAAAUUGAAAAAGGAUGAAGGAAUAUUAUAAAUUGAUGGGACAUUAUUCAAUGUUUAAGAGGCAAUUUAAAAUAUAAUAAAGAAAGUGACUCAGCAAUUCAAGAAGAACGAGUUCGAUAUAAGAAUAGUAAUGCCUGCUAAUUUUGCAUCUAAAUUAAUUGGAGCGAAGGGAUGUUAGAUUAAGGAAUUAGCCAAUAAAGCUAGAGGGGCAUAAAUAAAGGUGCUUUCAGAUAAGGAUGACACUGAUGUCGGCUAAGAUUGUUUGGUAUAAGUGACAGGAUCAAUGGAAAAUAAAUAGGAAGCAACAAUCUUGAUUUUGGAAUAGAUUGAAUGUUUCAAGAAUGGAGGACCUAUCCUUGAAAGUGGAAAGUACAUAAAUGAAAACUUCGCAUAAUAAUACAAAAACUCAGUGCAGGUCUAAGACAUGAAGCAAAGAAGACAAUAGUCAUCUUCCUCGCGUUCAGAUAGAAGGCAGAGAUCAAGGUCGUCGAAUAAAAGGUAGAAACAUGCCAGAAGAUCCAGGUCUUCAAGUUCCCAUAAACACAAGUCCAGAUAGUAAGUCCUCAAGACAAAAAUAGUUGUCAAGCAAUCUCUAAUUGAUAUGAUGCAUAAAUAUUUAAUUAGAUUUUGUCAGGAUUUUAAUGUGAAGGUACACACUCUUCCUUCUGAAAUAGGACAAGAGACUAUUGUUAAGAUAAGUGGAGAUGUUAGAGGUUGUAUAGCUGUGAUCUAAUAUAUAUUAAGUGAGUAAUGUAAAUUGUCCAAAAGAUGAAAGUUAAAAUAAAAAAAUACAUAAUUCUCAUCAUAUUAAUAAGAUUAA